AUAAACCUGUGCGAGGACUCCAGAAGUAGAAGCAGUUUACGGAAGUGUAACGUUGAGGCCCUUCUUGUGGAUCUGGAGAAAAUAGAGGUUCUGCCUCCUCAGGAGAAAAAGCAUCGCCCGAAGAGGGAGGAAGUGGAUUUGGGUAUCACCAUUUCUAGGGGCACACUUGAUUGAAGACUGAGACUUCUGAAGAGAAGUCCAGAAGAUACAAAGACAGACCAUCCCAGUUGAAUGCUCUUUUCCAAGAACAGAAGAAAAUGAUCCAGGCCCAGGAAUCCGUAACACUGGAGGAUGUGGCUGUGGACUUCACCUGGGAGGAGUGGCAGCUCCUGGGCCCUGCUCAGAAGGACCUGUACCGGGACGUGAUGUUGGAGAACUACAGCAACCUGGUGGCAGUCGGGUAUCAAGCCAGCAAACCGGAUGUAUUCUUCAAGUUGGAACAAGGAGAACCACCGUGGACAAUAGAAGAUGGAAUCCACAGUGGAGCUUGUUCAGAGUCUCACUGUGUGCCCAGGCUGGAGUGCAAUGGUGUGAUCUUGGCUCAUAGCAACCUCCGCCUCCUGUUUGUCUAUACUAUUAUUUUUUGCCAAUGCUUCAUCCAGAAAGGAAAUCUCAUUGUACACCAGCGAAUUCAUACAGGUGAGAAACCUUAUAUAUGCAGUGAAUGUGGAAAAGGCUUCAUUCAGAAGACUUGCCUCAUAGCACAUCAGAGAUUUCACACGGGAAAGACACCCUUUGUGUGCAGUGAAUGUGGAAAAUCCUGUUCUCAAAAGUCAGGUCUCAUUAAACAUCAAAGAAUUCACACAGGAGAGAAACCCUUUGAAUGUAGUGAAUGUGGGAAAGCCUUUAGCACAAAGCAAAAGCUCAUUGUCCAUCAAAGGACUCAUACAGGAGAGAGACCCUAUGGCUGCAACGAGUGUGGGAAAGCAUUUGCGUAUAUGUCGUGCCUGGUUAAGCAUAAGAGAAUACACACGAGGGAGAAACAAGAUGCAGUCAAGGUGGAAAAUCCUCCUGCAGAGAGGCACAGCUUAUUACACACCAGUGAUGUCAUGCAGGAGAAAAACUCCGCUAACGGGGUGACUACACAAGUGCCUUCCGUGGCCCCUCAGACAUCACUAAACAUCAGCGGCCUCCUCGCAAACAGGAACAUAGUCCUUGUGGGACAGCCAGUGGUCAGAUGUGCAGCCUCAGGAGAUGAUAGAGGAUUUGCACAGGACAGAAACCUUGUGAAUGCGGUGAAUGUGGUUGUGCCUUCCGUGAUCAAUUAUGUCUUAUUUUAUGUUACAGAAAACCCAUAGGAAGAGAACUCAGAUCUAUGUGGAAAAAGGGUGGAGCAAAAAUUUGUAGUUCAUUAUGUGGCUGAAAAGCAUACACUGAGAGAAAAUGUAUAAGGCAGAGAAAGCCGAUAAACUCAUCCUAUUUAAAUAUAUGCUGUGAUGCACAGGCAAAAUCUGAUGUUAGCCUAAACACAUACACAGCAAUUGCUCUAUUGUGUCAAAUAAAUGAGUAAAGGAAGCCCAAGUACUUUGAAGUGGAAGAAAUGAAGUACUGUGAAUUUUUAAAAGAGAUGAAAGAAUUGGUAUCGGGGGUGUUGCAGUGACUGAAAAACCCCAUAAGGGGCAGUUGGUGGGAAAGGGCUAGUACUGGAAUGGUGGGAUGUGGGACGCAUUUGUGUCAAUUCAGUUUCCUUAGACCAGUGUGAAGGAUUAAUUGAAAACCAGGACCAUAAACUUUCAGAACUUUAUAUUUUGCAGAGGGAUCUGUGAAACUAGUCAUUUUGUUUCAUUAAACAAAUAUUUUAAAAUUA